AUGUCGAUGACUUCAACGACCUGUCCCUUUCUGCCGCUGUUCGCCUUUCUCCUCGCGCGAAGCGGUCCUUGGGUCGGCUUUGCGCACGGUGGGCUGAUGGAGACCCCACAGGCGCUUCUCCACGAGUGCCGCCGCCGAGCAGAGCAGCGGGAGCAGUUGGGGCGCUGCCGCGCGCGGGCGGUGGAUGUGCUCAGUGCCUUUGGUGGAGAGUUGGCGCAGGAGUUGGAAGCUGCUCUUUUCCUCCAGCUGGGUGAGGCCUGGGCCUUCGACUGCAUGAAGGCAGACGUGGAGGACGCCCAAAUCCGGCUUCCAGAUGCAGGCGGAGAGCCGAGCCAGUCAACCGCGGCUGUUGCCUCCCAGCUGUUGCAGCACUUUCCUCGUCCUCCAGUGCCACCGGUGCACGAGGACCCGACGGACCUCGACGCCAUCGAGGACGAUGCGGCUCCCGCGGCUGUCGCGGCUCCCGCGGCCGGACGGUCGCGGUCGGGGAAGACGAGGCCGGUAGCGGCGGCGAAGAAGCGGAACACGAAGGCCAAGGCGAAGGGGCCGAAAGCCAAGGUGAAGCCAAGGGGCGACGAUGAGAUGGAGGACAGAUCGCAGAUGAGGAUCUUCAAGGUGCUGACGGAGAUCCGGCGCAUCCUCGCGGUGUCGGAAAGCGCUACUGGCUGGGCACAGGAGGUGCUCCGCCUGGACGCCAGCGCCGCGGACCAGCUCGCCCAGCUCGCGCCCAAGGCGUUCCGCACUCUGGCGAGGGAGAUCCAUCCGGAUGGGCGGUCGCCCUUGGACGAGGAGGACGAGCUGUUGUGCCACGAGGCAUUGGAGAAGCUGCAACGCGCGCGGCGCCACCUGGUGUGCUGCGAGGAGCAGAAGGGUCUGGGGCGCGGCGAGGGACGGUCGCUGCGGCGGCCAGAGCGGCUGCGCUGCGAGGUGCGCAACGGCGGCUGGCACAUCACCUGGCAGCGGCUGGCGGGGCAUGAGGGCUCGGUGCUGCGCUAUGAGCUGCGAGCGCAGGUCGCGGGAGGGAUCGCCUUGGCCACUUUGGCGGAGUUGGAUCCCUCAGAGCCCGGGGGCUUCGAAGUGAGCUUGCAUCAGCUGCCAGCGCGUGUGAAGAGCUCGUUGCAGUCCAAUGGUUGGCUGUCAGUACGUGUCGCCGCGGUGGGCGGCCGCCUGGGCGCGGCGCCGCGCUCUGCGACGACGAACUCGGCUGUGUUGAGCGAGGAGACCACGCUGUGGCUGCGCGAGCUCACGGAGGCUGAUCUGGGGCGGGGCGAGCUCAUGGAGGCUGAUUCAGAAGACAUUUUGGACAUGCUUUUGGACCUCUAGAACAUCAUUCGCUGUUCCGUUUCUGCACUGCAUCUUUUGUGGGGCGACCAAAGAGAUCUAGAGCAACUCAUGCAACUCAUAGGAAGGAGACUCUUUCACUGGAAGGAUCUGGCAAGCCGGUGGCCGGUGGGGCGCAUGGACAGCGUGGAUGAAGCCGAGGGCUGGACGAAGCCGUGCGUUGGUGAACGAAGCGUUGGUCCAUUUUAGGGGGUGUUGGCUCAGUUGGUGACCGAAGCUUUGGGUUCCCUAUCAAACAAGAUGCAAAGCGGGCCUGGUCGAAUCCCUAAGUGAAUGGUCUUAGUUUGGAGGUUGGGAGCUGAAAAAAAGAUGCAGCUCCUUUCUUCCCGCCCUUUUUUGGCUUUGUGACUGGCCACCGCGGACAAGUCCCUCCACAAAUUCGUCCCCAAACUUGACGCAGCAAAGAGACAAAACCGUGUCGAGAUUUGGAAAGUAGAUAUCUCAAAAGAGAAACCCGGGGGCCUUUGAGGUGAAGUUAGUCUUGAGAUGUCUUCACCUAGGGUGCCUGCCAUUGACCAAGCCUUCCACGUGUGGUUUUUGCCCCGCUCCCAGCAAGUCUCCCAGCCAGUCUCAGGGCCCGGCCGUUCCUCCCCUUCCCCCACUGCCGUCGACGGCUCGACGUCCGUCACGGUGCAAGGCCAAGGCCUGUGAGAUCAAGGAACUCUUCGACUGAUGCGACCCGGUCGAGCCGGAUCUGAGGUGGUGACGCACUGGUGACGCGUCUGGCCUGUUUGGGACGUGUGGGCUGGAGGCAGCGGCUGAAGGCAGCUGAAGGCUGCUUCAAUCAUUUGUGCAGCUUGUUGCCUGAGUGGUUGCAGCUUGGGUCAUCCAGACUGAGUGGAAUCACUCAGAAUACCAAACGGCCAUCCGAAACGUGGGAGGAAUCCGGCAGGUUGCAUGAAACGAGCGCAGCUCAGGCGUGGGUAUCCUCUCUGCAUGGAAUUCGCCGAACAGAUUGGCGGUGGAUGUGGCACUCCCAUGACCGCACAGUUUGCGACAAAUAACACACCUUGAAAGCGAAAAUGGUCGUCACUUGGAAAGAGUCACCAUCAUCAUCAUCAUCAUCAUCAUCAUCAUCAUCAUCAUCAUCUUAACUUUCUUCUUCGAAACAGUAAUUGUGUGCGGGCAAACACCUUUGGUUCUCUGCGCAGCACAGCCACACCGGUGGUGUGCGACACCGGCGCCAGCGCGUAAACUGGACACGAUGGCAGGGUAAGGCAGGGAAAAAAAUGCCGGGCCGGGGUGAGGGCUCUGCAAGUGAUGGGAAUCAUUAUUUAUCAGAAGG